UGACAGCGCUGAAGCCGGAGCCGUACACCGGAAGUUCCCAGCUGUCAGUUCGCUCGUUCUGUCAGGGAAGAUGGCGGCGCUCAGAGCCCUGGGGAGGCUGCGGGCACCUUCAGGAGUCUUGUCCGGACGAUGGCUGAGGGUGGCCCAGCCGGUCAGGGAGAAGCAAUGGCAGCCGGAUGUGGAGUUCAUGGAGCAGUUUGGAGGCGCCGUCAUGUAUCCCUCCGCCGCCACCGCCAAAUGGCUGCCGGCCCCCUGGCACGAUAAAGACCCCCCGGCCCACAAGGACGUCUCCAACCUCACCAUCAACUUUGGGCCCCAGCACCCGGCCGCACACGGUGCUCGCCUGGUCAUGGAGCUGAGCGGGGAGUCGGUGAAGAAGUGCGACCCCCAUGUGGGGCUCCUGCCGGGCACCGAGAAGCUCAUAGAGUACAAACCUACUGCAGGUGCUCUGCCAUACUUUGACCGUCUGGACUACGUCUCUAUGAUGUGUAAUGAACAAUGUUACUCUCUGGCAGUAGAGAAGCUCCUGAACAUCCGGCCCCCUCAGGCGCAGUGGAUCAGAGUGCUGUUUGCAGAAAUCACCCGUCUGAUGAACCACAUUAUGGCGGUCGCCUGCCACGCCCUGGAUGUCGGCGCCAUGACGCCAUUCUUCUGGUUAUUUGAGGAGAGAGAGAAGAUGUUCGAGUUCUAUGAGAGGGUGUCGGGGGCCCGUAUGCACGCAGCUUAUGUCCGUCCGGGCGGAGUGCACCAGGACAUGCCGCUUGGCCUGAUGGACGACAUCUACGAGUUCAUAAAAACCUUCUCUCUGCGGCUGGAUGAGCUGGAGGAGAUGCUGACCAAUAACC